AUGGGUGGGCUUAUACAUCGCCGCAGCUUCUGCAGUGUACUUCUUGCAAUGGCGGCCGACGCUUUCAACGGCUUCCGGCGCAAGAAGCUGUGGUUCCCCUGCAAAUACACAGCCCUCAACGCCGCUUCUCUCACUGUAUUAGCCGUGGCAAUGAAGCUACCCAUGGAUCUCAACACUGUCUUCAUCAACUCCGAGACAGAUUCAAUUGCAAAGUUCACCAGCUUGCCCUUGAUGUCAGCAGCUCUCAAUAAUCUCAUGCCUUCUUUGGGCUCCAUGAAUGACAAGGAGCUUCUGGCCAAUGCUGCCGGCCUAUCUAUUCUUGUGAUCACCAUCACGGUUAAUAUGGUCAUCCAAGUCAUCGAGCUGCAACGUUCCCUAGUACAUGUAAUGAUCCUGUGUGCUGCGAUGUUAGUUUCUCUUGCGAUGCUAGUCUCCCUGGCAGUUAGCAUGUUGGAGAUGAAGCAGAGGCUGAAACGGCUUUUUCAUGAGAAGCACGGGGAGUUGGUGCUGCAGGGUUUUGAGAUGGAGGACCAGAGAAGAGAGAUGAUGAAAUAUUGGGUGAUGGCAGAGAGCAGCUGCCCUCAGUUUGUCGUAGCACGUUCUUGUGUUUGCACGGCCUCAUCUGUGAUCACCUCGUUUUUUUACAUCGCAGAUACUUUGGUUCAUGUUCUUAAUGGGACAAACACGAAUAAGCCAGGUAAGUCGCCCUAUGGAGUUUACACCAAGAGGAUUCUAGAUAUUCAGUCCAUCGGGCUGGGGAUGGCUGCAAUUCUGGCUACGUUGAGAUGGUUCACUAUUUUGUUUAGCUGCUCAUACUCCGACACUUGGAUGGUUGAAAGCUACUGGAUUCAGACGCUUAGCGACUGCAGAAACAGCUCCGCGUGCAUCAAAAUUUGGCCAAACAGAUGGGGCAAAUGUCUUCUUGAUGCAAAAUGGUGUGUGCUAACUCUCUGCAUUUUAGUUCAGAGCUUCACUGUACUUGCAAGCAAAACCCUCAUCUUCUUUUCUAGAUUCAUGGUGGCUCCAUUUGUGUUUUGCUUCUCUCACAUCAACAAGUUCGCGAGACGCCAUCAUGAUACAUCACCGGGUGAUCUGAACUACCUAAGCAGUUAUGUUCUGUUGCUAGAUGGCGAGGUGGAGCUUCCAACAAGCUUGGUGAGAAGCAUGUGCCGCGAGGAUGAAGGCAUGGUUCAGAAAGGUAGAGAAAAGAAGCCCUCCAACCUCAUAAAUCUUCUACACAAAUCUGAUAGCUCUAAUACUAGCCAAAUUACAACCUUAGUUUUAGCUCAUGAUUGUUGGACUCUGCAAGUAGUCACUCUCACAAGCAUUGCACUCGCACUUCCCAACUUCUCCCGGUAUCAACGCAAGCAGUUGUUGAGCAGUGUUAGCGAAGGCCUUUCUCUUGCAAAAAUAGUCGAAAAGGCAUUCGACACAAAUGCAAAUGCUAAGGGCAUUAGGAAUGCUGCGAGUGCUACAUGGGUGGAGCUGCUAGUAUACUCCAGGUGGGCAAAGAUCGAUCUCACAAGUGGAUUUCAACGGUGCCGAAACUGGGAGCAAGUGUUGCAUGAGCUCUCCCAUAAAGCCGAGGAGAUUUUUAAGGAGGUGAAGAGUGAAGAAGUGCAAGAUUCCAGCAUGGGAAACACUCUAAAAUGCCAAGCAAGAGCUGUGGCUGCAAACUCAAUGUACAGAAUUUGUGAAACCAUUUUGAUGUCAUCUGGUAUAGAGGAAAGCUGUGAGGAAAUGUGGGAGAGAUUAUGUGUGAUGAUUGCAGAUGUUUUGGCAACGUGUCUCACCAAUCUGCCACAUGCUAUAAUCAAAAUGUGUCAACAGAGUUGCAUUGAGAAGCGAGACAAGACAGUACGGGAAGCGUUUCUGCUUUUGGGAAAGACGGAAGAAGUUGUUGGUAUUGUUCGACGACAGAAACGGUCGUGUGUAGAUCAUGACAAUGACGCUAUACCUGUGGAUUGUUGA